AUGGCGGCGCCCAGCAGACGGAGGAAUAGCGGCAGUGUCGCGAACUUGUGGUCCGCGCUGCUGCUGGCAGCCGUGGCGCUGAGGCCGGUCGAGGCGGCGUCCGAGCCCACGACUGUGGCAUUUGACGUGCGACCUGGCGGUGUCGUACAUUCUUUCUCCCAGAGCGUGGGCCCUGGGGACAAAUAUACUUGCAUGUUCACCUAUGCUUCACAAGGAGGAACCAACGAGCCUCUGCAACCCCAGGGGAAGUCCUACCUCUACUUCACCCAGUUCAAGGCAGAAGUGCAGGGUGCGGAGAUCGAGUACGGCAUGGCAUACUCUAAAGCUGCUUUCGAAAGAGAAAGCGAUGUUCCCCUGAAAAACGAGGAGUUUGAAGUGACCAAAACAGCAGGUAUGUACAGGUGGCCCCUGAAGGGAGCCCUGGUGGUGCAGCAGUUAGUGCUCGGCAGCUACCAGAAGGCUGACAGUUCAGACUCGCCAGCAGCUCCACCGGACACAGAUCGGGGCAGCUCCCUUGUUAGGUGCGCGGACGCCGCGCCGUGA